AUAAGGAAUGGAUCUUGAUCGACACAUGGAAGCUGAUAGAACAGGGAGAGUUAGAUGGUGAAGCAGAAGAUGAACCAGUGCAGUGCAAGGAUGAACAACGAGAAGAGGAACUGAGUACAACCUAUAAAACACUGCACUGGACAAAGAGGUGAAGAAGAGUAUGCGCAAAGACGAAAGACACUUCUACGAAACACUGGCAAGUGAAGCAGAAUAGACUGCAGGUAGGAGGGGCAGAGACCCGACAACAUUGUAUCAAAUAACCAGGUUACUAUCUGGGAAGAGAUCAACACAGUGCAGAUGAAACCAAUAAAAGAUGAUGACGGAAAUUUAAUUACCAAAGAAGAGAAACAAAGGAAACAAUGGGCUGACCACUUCAAGAAGCUCUUGAAUCGACCACCACCACCACCACCUGCAAUUCGUCCAGAAAUACCACCAUGCCGCGCAGGCGCAGAUCUACCAGUGAACACAAGCCCUCCGACGAAAGUCGAAGUCCUGAACGCCAUAAAGCUACUGAAGUGCGGGAAAGCAGCAGGACCAGAUGGGAUCCCGUCAGAAGCACUGAGAGCAGACGCAGAGACAACAACGGACAUGCUCACACCACUAUUGCAGAAGGUGUGAAAGGAAGGGAAGGUACCUGUCCAUUGAUUGGAAGGAGGUCUACCGUGUCAAACUCCCGAAGAAGGGAGACCUCAGUGUUUGCAAGAACUAGCGCGGAAUCAC